AUGGCCCCCUUUAGGAGGAUAUGCUUGCUAUAUGCCUCAAAAUUAGCUAACCAACGCCUGGCGUUCACUCUUACCCUGUUGGCAGUAUGUGCUGCCAAAGGAGUGCAUCUUCAUAAUCACAGAGCUUCGGUGACGCCCAAGCGCAUGCUUCUCUUCUUUUUCUCCUUCUUUACUCAAGAUAUCCUUUUACUCCUUCUAAUCAGGCUUCUCCUAAGUCACUGGGUGCCUAGUGCUGCCAAACCACGGAGCAUCGUCAAUACACUCGCAUUCUCCUUGAUCACCUACAACACUAUCAUUUGCACCGUGUCUGUUUCCUUCUAUCUAGUCUCGGGAUCUGAAAUCCACUGGCGCAAUAUCGGUUUUAUGGCCGACCCUACUGCUCAAGCGAUUAUUCUAUCAGGCCUCACAGCUUUCAUCGGUGUCUUCUGUGUCUUCGCUUGCUUGGGCGCACUGCUUCAAGUCCCUUGCUACUCUUUAUUCGGUUGGGGCGCAGAUCUUGUCAACUGGCCUCUUACUUUUAUCUGCCGUCAAUUGGGUCAUCGAUUUGAUUACGAUGCGUUAUUCCAACGGGAGGAUCUGUCAUGGUUGGACAUCGAAAGCACCUCAUAUCACGACAAGGAAUUCAAGGAAAAUUUCAACUCGCCCUCGGUCUCGCUGUUGAGUUCACCACGAAGCUCCAGAGGAGGCUCACCAGUACGAAGAUCUAGACUCAGCCGUUUUCUACGCAUACUUCCUUACCCCAUAGUUACUCUUCUGUUAACGGCGCUUUUCAUCCUUACCUUUAUUCGACCCAAGGAUCCCUCCCUGAUCUUCCUUUCUUGGACUACUGGACUUUUGCCUUUCAUCGACUUCGCCUCGUCACCAUUCCUCGACAAUCUUCCAUCGGUUUUCGGCAAGGGAGUACAGCGAACCUGGGACGAUCGAACCGCACUCGUACAACCUACCCCUUUCAGCUGGCUUCCAAUGGACAUACCAGCCCUGGACGGUUUCAAAGACUGGUAUCUCGAUCAGCCACAUUACAGCGCCAAGUCGGACCCUAUGAGAGUCUCAAAUCUAGACGAGCCCUUGCGAGAUUCUCUCCGGGGAAAGCUACAGAAACUCAACAUUCGACAUGUAGUUUUAUUCUUCCUGGAGAGUACCCGACAUGAUGUCUUCCCUAUCAAAAAGGAUGGUCUAGUAUGGAAUCGAUUUGCCGAGACCUUUCCGAACGGACUGCCUAAAGACGUCCAAGAGAAACUGGCCAACUUGACACCAACAGCAAACUUCAUCACAGGCGAUUACUCCGACGGUUUCGAACACGCCAGUAGACCGAAACGAGGGGGGAUUCGCUUCACCAAUGCACACACCUCAGGAACAUACACUCUCAAAAGCCUAACAGGUUCAAUCUGCGGCAUAUCUCCUUUAGCUGCAGAUUUCAACCUGGACUACAGUCAUCAUAUCUACCAACCUUGCUUGCCACAUAUUUUUAACGCACUCAACAAAGCAGAGGAGAAACAAGCCCGUACAAAGGAAGCCAGUCAGAAGGACAAGUGGAAGUCCUACUUUUUCCAAGCAGCGAAGCUCAACUAUGAUAGCCACGGUGCUUUGAUGUCUGCGAUGGGAUUCCCGGACGAGGGGAUUAUUGGCCAGGAAUAUCUUCGCAGCGCAAACGCAAGGCACGGAGCAGUCACGUUGGAAAACAUCAACGACUUUGCUUUUGAAGAGGACCCACUGGAAGACUAUAUUACCGAUGUCUUUGAAAACGCCAGGACGGAAAACAACCGAGUAUUUCUGAGCCAUAUAACAUCUACCAGCCACCAUCGAUUUCACAUGCCCAAGAAGGAAAAGUAUACACCGCUAGCCAACGGUGGUCACCUUGAUAUGAUGUCACGAUAUAUCAAUACAAUUGGUUACGAAGACAGAUGGAUUCGCAAGGUCCUUGGUAUCUUGGACAAGCAAGGGGUUGCCAACGAGACUUUGGUCAUCUUUCAGGGCGACCAUGGUGUAUCUCUCCCAGAGAAUGAUAUCGCCUCGCCAUACUAUAACCCAAAUGUUGGUGUUGAGCAUGUCCCGCUAGUCCUAUCCCAUCCCCAAUUGCCAGCCUUUGACGUGGAUGAGGGUGUGCAUGCAACUCAAAUCCUCCCUACAAUCUUGGAUAUCCUCCUCGAAACAGGCUCACUGAGCAAAACAAGCCGGGAGGCAGCCCAGGACUUAAUCCGAAAUUAUGAAGGACAAUCGCUCCUUCGCCCUUUGGCAACGGGCAACGGGCAAUGGCAGUUCACCAUCACCAAUCCUGGGCGUGCUAUGCUCAGCAUCCGUGACGGCCGGUAUCCAGAGCGCCACCUUGUUGUGCCGAUAAUAGAACACGUGGCUUGGAAACUGGCAGACCUGACAAAGGACCCUUACGAACACAACCCUGUACAAGCACUAGACUUUAAAUCGUUCUUGCAGGAGGUAGAACAGCGGUUUGGAAGAGAGGUUGCGGAGUGGGCGGAAGAAGGUGCAUUUAUGACGAGAUGGUUCAUCAAGGAAAACAGCAAGCGUUGGCGUUUUGAUCUUUAA